AUGCCACAGAUCAAGAGCAUAGCCGUCAUCGGGGCGGGCCCAGCUGGCGCCAUUACAGUCGACGCACUAGCACAAGAGAAAACAUUCGACGUCAUCCGCGUAUUCGAAAGACAAGAGAAGGCCGGCGGAUGCUGGGUAUCAAGAGACGACGAGCCGCCUCAGGAGUUAGACUUUGACGGUCUAUCUGCGCGAACAGCAGAUGCGCCUCUCGAAAUCCCCGAGGGGCUCCCGUGCCGGACGCCCGUAGUCUCCCAGGACAGAUUCAUGGACUCGCCCGUGUACCCGACGCUGGAGACUAACGUGAACGCGGCGGCCAUGUCGUUCUCUCAAGAGGAGAUCCCUGUAGUUCGGUCCCAGUGGUCGAUUGAGCGUCAUGGGGCAGAUACGCCUUUCAGACACCAUUCGGUUAUCAGGAAGUAUAUUGAAGACCUGUUUAACCGGAGGGGGUAUCAGGAUCUUGUUCAGUACAACACUACCGUUGAGCGCGCGAUCAAAGAUCCUAGUAGCCAGAAAUGGGUGCUUACAUUCCGCCGGACGGAAGUUCUCGAUGGUGUCAAGUCGGAUUACUGGUGGUCUGAGGAGUAUGAUGCAGUUGUGGUGGCUUCGGGACAUUACGCAGUGCCGUUUAUUCCUGCGAUUCCCGGUUUGAAGGAGUUUGCUGCGCGGUAUCCCGGUAGUGUUCAGCAUACGAAGCAUUACCGGGGACCUGAGAAAUAUCGGGGAAAGGUAAAUGAUGUUUCCAUCAUGGCAGUUUUAAUAUCUGCUUACACGUCGCAGAAAGUCAUCACCGUCGGAGCGUCUGUUUCUGCCGCGGAUACGGCAGUGAGUCUGGUCGAUAGUGCGCAGACACCAGUCGUUGCUGUGGUUCGAGGUCGCUACAACGCUUAUUUCGGAGAUCUCGCUUUCCAGCACCCGAAGAUCCAGCGUCGCCCGCCAAUCUCACACAUUACGAGUAAUGAUCAAGGCGAACGGACGGUCCAUUUCGAAGACGGCACCUCUGAGACUGGAGUCGACCAUGUGAUUUUUGGAACUGGCUUUAGCUGGACUUUGCCUUUCUUGCCUCAGGUUGCCACGCGGAACAAUCGCGUGCCGGAUCUCUACCAACACGUCUUUUACAGACAUGAUCCAUCAUUGGUGUUUGUCGGCGCUGUUGGUGCUGGCUUGACCUUCAAAGUUUUUGAAUGGCAAGCCGUCGCUGCGGCGCGUGUUCUAGCCGGCAAAGCAAACCUGCCCUCGAUCGCCGAACAGGAAAAAUGGGAAACCGACCGUAUAGCACAGAAGAGCGACGGCCCAGGCUUCACAGUCCUCAACCCCGAAUUCGAGCCCUACUUCGAGGGCCUCCGACAACUUGCGGGGGAACCUCGUGGCACGGGACGACGGCUACCUCGGUUCGAGCAGAAAUGGCUCUCUGAUUUCGACGAAGGGCACGAGCGCAGGAAGAAGAUGUGGCGACGAGCCAAUCAAGCGGCUCGAUUGUAA